GGCGUCCAGGUGGAGUCAAUGAAGUGCAGCCUGAGGAGAAUGCUGCGCCCAGAGGAGAGGAAGGAGAUCCAGGGCGUUGCCUAUUGCGGCGUGAAGGAAGACACGGACUGCUUUAAAGACUCCUUUAAGGUGGACAUGGAAGGAAAUACGUAUAGACUAGAAGACUUCAUAAAGAACCGAAGAAAACUAAGCAAAUUUGAAGAUGAAAAUAUCUCCCCUUUACAUCAUGCAGCAGCAGAAGGGCAAAUUGAGCUCAUGAAGAUGAUCAUCCAUGGGUCUUCUUGUGAAGUACUGAAUAUAAUGGAUAGUUGUGGAAAUACUCCACUACACUGGGCUGCAGAAAAAAACCAAGUCGAAAGUGUGAAGUUUCUUCUUAGCCAAGGGGCAAAUCCGAACCUCCGGAACAGCACUAUGAUGGCACCCCUUCACAUAGCCGUACAGUCCUCAUACAAUGAAAUGAUCAAGGUCUUGACGGAGCACAGCACCACUAACAUCAACUUAGAAGGAGAGAACGGAAACACAGCUUUGAUGUCCACAUGUGCCAAAGACAACAGUGAAGCUUUGCAGAUUCUGUUAGAAAAAGGAGCUAAACUGUGUAAAUCAAAUAAAUGGGGAGACUACCCCGUUCACCAGGCUGCAUUUUCAGGUGCCAAAAAAUGCAUGGAAUUAAUACUGAAAUAUGGCGAAAAGCAUGGCUUUAGCAGGGGGACUCAUAUCAACUUCGUGAAUCAUAAGAAAGUCAGCCCGCUCCACCUCGCAGUUCAAAGUGGUGAUCUGGACAUGAUUCAGAUGUGCCUAGACAACGGUGCACACGUCGACAUGAUAGAGAAUGGCAAAUGCAUGGCCCUCCAUUUUGCUGCCACCCAAGGGGCCACUGACAUCGUUAAACUCAUGAUCUCAUCUUACACUGGAAGCCGUGAUAUUGUGAAUGCAGUCGAUGGCAACCAGGAGACCUUGCUUCACAGAGCCUCAUUGUUUGAUCACCAUGACCUGGCAGACUACUUAAUUUCAGUGGGAGCAGACAUCAACAGCACCGAUUCUGAAGGACGCUCUCCACUUAUUUUAGCAACUGCAUCUGCAUCUUGGAAUAUUGUGAAUUUGCUCCUCUCUAAAGGUGCCAAAGUAGACAUAAAAGACCAUCUGGGGCGUAACUUUUUACAUUUGACUGUACAACAGCCUUAUGGACUAAAAAACUUGCGGCCAGAGUUUAUGCAGAUGCAACAUAUUAAGGAGCUGGUGAUGGACGAAGACAACGAUGGGUGUACGCCUCUCCACUAUGCGUGCAGGCAGGGAGUCCCAGUCUCUGUAAAUAACCUUCUCGGGUUCAACGUGUCCAUUCACUCCAAAAGCAAAGAUAAGAAAUCGCCCCUGCAUUUUGCAGCCAGCUAUGGACGCAUCAACACAUGUCAGAGGCUUCUACAAGACAUAAGCGACACAAGGCUUUUGAAUGAAGGGGAUCUCCAUGGGAUGACCCCUCUUCACCUGGCAGCGAAGAACGGACACGAUAAAGUCGUUCAGCUUCUUCUGAAGAAAGGCGCAUUGUUCCUCAGUGACCACAAUGGCUGGACGGCUUUGCAUCAUGCCUCCAUGGGUGGGUACACUCAGACCAUGAAGGUCAUCCUUGACACUAACCUGAAGUGUACUGAUCGACUAGAUGAAGAAGGGAACACAGCGCUCCACUUUGCAGCACGGGAAGGCCACGCCAAGGCUGUUGCCAUGCUCCUGAACUACAACGCUGAAAUCCUCCUGAACAAGCAGCACGCCUCCUUUCUUCAUAUCGCACUGCACAAUAAGCGGAAGGAAGUGGUUCUCACAACCAUCAGGAGUAAAAGAUGGGAUGAGUGUUUUCAGGUUUUCAGCCAUUAUUCUCCAAGCAAUCGAUGUCCAAUCAUGGAAAUGGUGGAAUACCUACCUGAGUGCAUGAAAGUUCUUUUAGACUUCUGCAUGAUACCUUCCACAGAGGACAAAUCCUGUCAGGACUACCAUAUUGAAUAUAAUUUCAAAUAUCUUCAGUGCCCACUAGCAUUGACCAAAAAAUUAACAACUACCCAGGAUGUGAGAUAUGAGCCUCUUGCAACCCUCAAUGUCAUGGUACAACAUAACCGCAUAGAGCUCCUCAACCACCCUGUGUGUAAGGAGUACUUACUCAUGAAAUGGUGUGCCUAUGGAUUCAGAGCUCAUAUGAUGAACUUAGGAUCUUACUGUCUUGGUCUCAUACCUAUGACCUUUCUUGUUGUCAAAAUAAAGCCUGGAAUGGCCUUCAACUCAACGGGAAUAAUCAACGAAACUACUAAUCAUUUGGAAACAGUAGACACUCUGAAUUCAUUUCCAAUAAAAAUAUGUAUGAUUCUAGUGUUUUUAUCAAGUUUAUUUGGAUAUUGCAAAGAAGUGGUCCAAAUCUUCCAACAGAAAAGGAACUACUUCCUGGAUUACAACAAUGCUCUGGAGUGGGUCAUCUACACAACCAGUAUCAUCUUCGUGCUGCCCUUGUUUCUCAACAUCCCGGCCUAUAUGCAGUGGGAAUGUGGAGCAAUAGCGAUAUUCUUCUACUGGAUGAACUUCCUGUUAUAUCUUCAGAGGUUUGAGAACUGUGGCAUUUUCAUUGUUAUGUUGGAGGUGAUUUUUAAAACUCUGUUGAGAUCGACAGGAGUGUUCAUCUUCCUCCUAUUGGCUUUUGGCCUCAGCUUUUACGUCCUCCUGAGUUUCCAAGACGCCUUCAGCACUCCGUUGCUUUCCUUAAUCCAGACUUUCAGUAUGAUGCUGGGUGACAUCAACUAUCGAGAUGCCUUCCUAGAACCAUUCUUAAAAAAGGAAUUGGCAUAUCCAGUCCUGACCUUUGGGCAACUUAUUGCCUUCACAAUGUUUGUCCCAAUUGUUCUCAUGAAUUUACUAAUAGGUUUGGCAGUUGGGGACAUUGCUGAGGUCCAGAAGCAUGCCGCAUUGAAGAGGAUUGCUAUGCAGGUGGAACUUCAUACCAACUUGGAGAAAAAGCUGCCACUGUGGUUCCUACGCAAAGUAGAUCAGCAGUACACCGUCGUGUAUCCAAACAGACCUCGGCAUGGCAGGAUGUUAAGAUUUUUUCAUUACUUUCUUUGUACACAAGAAACACGGCAAGAAGCACCAAACACUGACAUGUGUUUGGAAAUAGAAAUAUUGAAGCAGAAAUACAGGCUGAAGGACCUCACUUCUCUCUUGGAAAAGCAGCAUGAACUCAUCAAACUCAUCAUCCAGAAGAUGGAAAUCAUCUCAGAGACAGAGGACGAAGAUAACCAUUGCUCUUUCCAGGACAAGUUCAAAAAGGAGCGGCUAGAACAGAUGCAGAGCAAAUGGAAUUUUGUGUUGAAUGCAGUUAAGAACAAACCACACUAAAUAUUAUUAGAUGUUAAAUAUUAUAAAUAUAUUAGUCCUAAGUGUUAUUCACCCAGGCCUUUAGUGGGAUGCCUAAUGGGAGUGGGGGCUGCUUGACUUACUUCAGUGAAUUUCAGUUUGGAAAAGCAAAGAAAUAGGAGUUUGGCAGAUGCCACUGCAUGGGAAACUGUAGUUCCUACAAAUUGUCUCUAUAUGCUCAUAUUUUCUGUCAACCACUCUGUAUUGGGAAUAUCCUUUCUGACCUGUUCAAGUUGGACUUUAGUGAAGGGUAAUCUCCUCUGACUGAGUUUGACUCAUUUGAAAGCAAAGUCGUUAGAAUACACAUUAUGAAGGACAGGAAUAAAUGAAACUAUUAAGCCAGGACACAAAUGUCAAUAUUAGAUUCCUAUUCAAUAUUUAUUGAUAUAAUGUAAUCGUGUG